AUGGUUGAGCAAUUGAGGGCAGUUAGAGAUGGAUAUUUGAUAACUUUAAAUAUAGGAACACCUGCACAGGUCAUUCAAGUUUACAUGGAUACUGGGAGUGACCUGACUUGGGUUCCUUGUGGCAAUAUAUCUUUUGAUUGCCUGGAUUGUGAUGACUAUAGGAACAAUAAGUUAAUGGGUACUUUCUCCCCUUCUCAUUCUUCUUCAGCUGUUAGAGACUCCUGCGGCAGCUCUUUUUGCAUUGACAUCCAUAGCUCUGAUAACUCUUUUGAUCCAUGCAUUGAGGCUGGAUGUUCAUUAAGUACCCUACUCAAAGCCACCUGUUCAAGGCCCUGUCCUUCCUUCGCCUAUACCUAUGGUGAAGGAGGGCUAGUCACAGGGGCACUCACCAGGGAUAACCUUAGGGUUCAUGGUAGUAGCCCUGAAAUCACUAGGGACAUUCCCAGGUUUUCUUUCGGUUGUGUCGGCUCUACUUAUCGAGAGCCUAUUGGCAUUGCAGGGUUUGGUAAGGGUGUACUUUCUGUACCCUCACAGUUAGGGUUCCUCCAAAAAGGCUUUUCUCACUGCUUCUUAGCCUUUAAGUAUGCCAACAAUCCGAAUAUUUCAAGCCCAUUAUUCAUGGGAGAUGUUGCUAUAUCUUCCAAUGACAAUUUGCAGUUCACCCCAAUGCUGAAGAGUCCCAUGUUCCCCAACUACUACUACAUUGGUCUAGAGGCCAUAACUGUAGGCAAUAUUAGUUCCGCUGAAGUCCCUUUAAACUUGAGAGAGUUUGAUUCACAAGGCAAUGGGGGUAUGUUGAUUGAUUCAGGAACCACUUACACUCACCUCCCAGAGCCAUUCUAUUCACAACUUCUCUCAAUGCUCCAAUCAGUGGUGACCUAUCCUCGAGCCACAGAUGUAGAAACGCGAACAGGAUUUGAUCUCUGUUAUAGAGUUCCAUGUCCAAAUAACAGAUUUACAAAUGAUCCUUUCCCUGCAAUCACUUUCCAUUUCUUGAACAAUGUAAGUCUUGUUCUGCCCCAAGCUAACUACUUCUAUGCCAUGAGUGCUCCAAGUAACUCAACUGGGGUGAAAUGCCUACUGUUCCAAAGCAUGGAUGAUGGUAAUUAUGGACCAGCCGGGGUAUUCGGGAACUUCCAACAGCAAAACGUGAAAGUUGUCUAUGACUUGGAGAAAGAGAGAAUUGGGUUUCAACCAAUGGACUGUGCUGCGGCCGCAGCCUCUCAGGGACUUCACAAGAACUGA